CCACCCCUACUUGGCUUCCAAAAUGGAAAAAUCCUGGGAUACUACAUCGGCUACAAGGAAACUCAGAGCCCAGCACAGUUUAUUUAUGAAACCCAUGAGGUUCAAACCAGUUCCACCAACUCCCGGGCCGAACACACCAUCAGCAAACUGAAGAAGUUCACACAGUACACUGUCCAUGUCAAAGCGUACAACAUCAAGGGCAUCAGUCCGGCCUCAGCAAACCUCAAUGUCUUCACUCUGGAAGAUGUUCCCAGCCAACCACCAGAAGGAGUCCAGGCAACCCCACUGAGCUCCGAGAGCAUCAAGGUGGCUUGGUCACCCCCUCCAUUGUUCACAUUACACGGAAUUCUACAGGGCUACAAGAUUCUUUACAAGCCUGUCAGGUUGGAUGAAGAUGAGAGUGAUGCCAAUUUCCAGACUUCAUCCCAGUUGGAGAUUGUAUUGUUUGCCCUGGAAAAGUACACUAACUAUAGCAUCCAAGUCCUUGCCUAUACCAGAAAGGGAGAGGGAGUCAGAAGUUUUCCAGUCUAUGUUAGGACCAGGGAAGAUGUGCCUGAUGCCCCAGCUAAUAUCAAAGCUUUGGCAACUAACGACAGCGCUGUCAUGGUGUCCUGGACCCCGCCUGCAAGACCUAAUGGCAUCCUUACCAAGUACACACUGUACUUCAACAAUCAAAGCUCUCCUGAGGUUGAGGAUAUUGUCAUUGAGCUGCCCCCAAAUGUCACCCACUACAUGAUGGGGGGUCUAUCCCGUGGGGCUGACUACGCUUUUAGGGCAUCCGCUUCUACAGUGAUGGGAGAGGGGCGGAGUAGCAAGUAUAUUGGGGCCACAACGCUUAUUGUCGCACCUGCAAGAAUUGCCAGUUUCUCUGACAUCCUGACAGUGUCCUGGCAUGAGGAUGUAUCACUGCCCUGUGUUAGUGUUGGCAACCCCAAGCCAACCAUACAGUGGAGAGUGAGAAAUCAACCAAUCAGUAACUCAGAAAGGAUGAAUGUUUUGGAAGAUGGAUCUUUGCACAUCUCUUCGGUGACGGGACCGGACGCUGCUAACUACACAUGCCAUGCAGAAAACCCACAUGGGACAAGUCAGAUAGUUUAUACAAUCAGAGUUCAAG